GCCCGAAAUUCUGGAAGUAGCUCUUCGCCUAGUAAGCUCUUCAAGUCCCCCGUGAUUCAGACCGAUCCAGCUAUUUGUCUCUCCAUCAAAGUUCCUUCGUCGUAUGUUUCCAACUCAUUGCAGUUGCGCUCGUAUAGUCGUAGAAUCAAAUGGUAA